AUGGCGGCAUUAUCAACCUGCCCUCCCCUCACCCGCUCCUCCGUGCAAGCCGCCCACCUUCGCAUCUCGAAACACAUUCAUAAAACCCCCAUCGUAACAUGCCAGACCCUCAACCAGGUGGCCUCGACACCCAUCUGCUCACGGUCCGCCGAAUUCACCCCUCGCGCCUCAUCGUCGUCGAUCGAACACGAUAUCAGGCCAAAGGUGACCCUAGAGGAAUCGACUGCGAAUCCCCAGAUCAACAUCUUCUUCAAAUGCGAGAACCAGCAGCGGAUUGGGGCGUUCAAGGUCCGCGGGGCGUUCCAUGCGCUGGGGAGAUUGAUUGAGAUGGAGGGGUUGGAGGCCGUGAGGAGGAAGGGCGUGGUUACGCAUAGUAGCGGGAACCACGCCCAGGCCCUCGCCCUCGCUGCCAAAACCUACGGGAUCCCCGCCCAUAUCGUCAUGCCCCGGAUUUCCACCACCUCCAAAAUCGCCGGCACCCAGCGCCAAGGUGCAAACGUCAUCUUCUCCGGCUCGACGAGCGACGAGCGCGAAGCCGCUGUCGCGGACGUCAUCGCCCAAACCGGCGCCAUCCUCAUCCCGCCCUACGACCACCCGGACAUCAUGCUCGGCCAGGGCACGCUCGCGCUGGAACUCGAGGAACAAGUGCAAACGCUCCUCAAAACCAACCCCGACCUCGACAUCAACUCGCAAUCAACAUCCUCCUCGUCCAACCCCGAGGAGGACGCCGGGGGCCACCUCGACGCGAUCAUCACCACCUGCGGCGGCGGCGGCAUGCUCAGCGGGCUCUGCACGGCCAUGAGCGGCACGGGGGUGCACGUGUUCGGCGCGGAGCCGCGGCACCAGGGCGCGAACGACGCGGAGCGCGGGCUCGCGGCGCGGCCGCCCACGCGCAUCACGCGGGUGAAGAGCCUGACCGUGGCGGACGGCGCGCGCACCCCGGUCGGCCUGCACCCGUGGGGCGUGAUCUCGGACGCGGGGCGGUGCGCGGGCGUGUACAGCGCGGACGAGGAGCAGAUCGCGCUCGCGCUGCGCCUGGCCAUGGAGCGCGCCAAGCUCUUCAUCGAGCCCACUGCCGCCCUGCCCCUGGCCGUCGUGCUCUUCAAUGAGGCCUUCCGGAGGAGGGUGGUGGAGUUGCUGGAGCAGCGCAAUGCGGCGGCGGGGAGGGACGGGAGGACCCCGAGGAAGGGCUGGAAUCUGGGCGUCGUGUUGAGUGGCGGGAAUACGACGAUGGAGGCUUUGGCGAAGAUCUUCGGGGAGGAGGACGGUGGAGACCGCGCUCGGCUGUGA